UAGAACUUUGAGUGGCGUUCCGACGAGGCGUAGCUAUAUUGCUUAUCAAUUAUACAUAUAAGUGGCGGAAUGACGGAGUCCCUUGCUUAAGUUUUCGUACAUAUAAAACUUAUAUUUAAAUAUAGUAUAUUGAUAUAGGAACGAUCGGAAAACUGCGGACAAAAGCUUAUUCUAAGGUGUAGAAUAAGCAGAACCUAUUCAGUAUUUUAUCGACGUUCAACCGGAACUGGCGAGGAAUCAACUGAAAAUGUCUGAGAAAACUGUCAAGUUGUUGAAUCCCCACCUGGAAACGGCGCCAUCGGAUUAUUUGUACCACUUGGAUAUCAAUGUGGCCAAUACUGGGGACACCACUGAGUUGCAGCACAAGUUCGGCGAUGUCAAGUUCAUCUGCGUGGGUGGAACGGGAUCCAGAAUGCGGCAGUUGGCCCUAUACCUACGAGAUGUCUUGGGAGUCCAAGAGUCCGGCGAUCCGGUGGAUUUGUGCGAGCGUGGCCAACGAUAUGCCAUGUACAAGGUGGGUCCGGUGCUGUGCGUGAGCCACGGCAUUGGAUCCGCCUCCUUCAGUGUCGUGCUCCACGAGCUGCUCAAGCUGGUCAAGUAUGCGCGGUGCCAGGAGCCCGUCAUACUCCGGAUCGGCACCUGCGGAGGACUCGGCGUGCCUCCCGGCACAGUGGUGGCCACCAAAAAUGCCUUCAAUGGCCUGCUUCGCAACGAGCAUGAGAUCGCUAUUCUCGGCCAGCGGGUGGUGCGACCGGCUCAGUUUUCCGAGGACGUGAACAAGGAUGUAAUUGCAUUCGGUGUCGACGCCAACGAUGGAUUUCAGACCAUAAGUGCCAACACAAUGGGAACAGAUUGCUUCUACGAAGGUCAGGGACGCAUCGACGGAGCCAUUUGUGAGUACACGGAGAAGGAUAAGAUGGAUUUCCUGCAGAAGUGCCACGACCUGGGAAUCCGGAACAUCGAGAUGGAGGCCAGCAUGUUCGCAUCCGUAACACAAAAAGUGGGGGUCAAAGCGGGCGAUGUCUGCGUGACCCUGAUCGAUCGCCUCAAGGGGGAUCAGGUUUCCAUCACAAUGGACCAGAAGCACGAAUUCGAGCAGCGACCCUUUUUGGUCGUGGGUCGCUAUAUUAUGAAGCUGCUGCAGCAGUGAAACCUCCAAAAAUUAUACAUCUUAUAUUGGAUUGCAAUAAAACUGCACUUACUCUGUGCCAUUCCAUUCCAGUUAA